CAGUUGAUGGGCGCAAAAUACUAAGAGACCUGCCUACUGCGCUCAUAAGGAGACCCGACGAAGGAAUGAAGGCAGAGCAACACAAACACUGAAAGGGCAGAAAUGCUGGUUCAGCUCCCUCGAUUGACCAACUCAUUGAGAGAGCCGUUCGACGUCGACGAUGCAUAUCUCCGCCGCAAAAACAUCCUUCAAAAUCAAGACAAGUCUCGCAAACAUGUAAACUCACUUGAUGAAUCAGAGCUUGCAAGGAAUAUAGUUCAUCGGUGGGAAGAAGCUUCUAUUGAAGUGCGGGAAGCAUACAAGCACUUUGUUGGGGCUAUAGUGGAGUUAAUUGACAAGGAAGUACCUUCUGAAGAGUUCCAUGAGGUGGCACUUACUUCAUACCGUCUUUUUUCCAGGCUAAGAGACGAGGAUGAUAUUGAUAGAAUUGUCACUGAGAAGAAGUCAGAAGUGCAAAAACUUAUUGGCCAUGCAGUUUUAGAUGCUAAUCUGAAAAAGGUUGCUUCUCUAGCAUGGGGACUUUCUAGUUUGCAACCUAGUGACCCCAAGGGUGCACUUGUUCCAGAGAGCUUUGUUAACGGGGGAAGUGAUGGUUUAGAAUUUGGUGCUGACUUUGUUUUCAAGCCACCAGCACGAUUCAUAGUUGAUAUUUCUCUGGAGGAUCAGGAAUUAAUAGAUGAGGAAGUCAAUGCACUAUCUUCUUCUCAUCAUGAAGGAUGGUAUGAUAAGGGUGACUCAAUAGAUUAUCAGCCUGCUUCUGAUGGAGGUAUUUUCAAUUUAAGUUGGUUAAGAGAUGCAUGUGACCGUAUCGUUAGAGAAAGUAAUUCACAGCUUUCUCAAGAUGAAUUGGCAAUGGCUAUAUGUCGAGUACUCGAUUCAGAAAAACCAGGGGAAGAGAUUGCUGGUGAUUUGUUAGACCUUGUUGGAGAUAGUGCAUUUGAAACUGUUCAAGACCUUAUAUCGCAUCGGAAGGAUCUUGUUGAUGCAUUUCGUCAUGGAUUGUUGGUACUUAAAUCUGACAAAGCGUCUACAACAUCCCAAUCACGGAUGCCUAGUUAUGGCACUCAGGUUACUGUACAAACAGAAUCUGAACGGCAAAUUGACAAGCUUCGACGCAAGGAGGAAAAGCGACAUAGGCGUGGAACUGACUACGGGGCAGAGAAUGAAAUAUCAGCUGCCAAAUUUUCUUCUUUACUUCAAGCGAGUGAGAGGAAAAAUCUGCUGGACGAUUUGAUUGGAUCUGGUGAGGGAUCCCAUUCAUUUGCAGUUACUGCUCUUCCCCAAGGUACUGUCAGGAAGCAUUAUAAGGGAUAUGAAGAGGUCAUUAUCCCACCAACACCAGCUGCGCAAAUGAAACCUGGUGAAAAGUUGGUAUGUCUUAAUUUGUUAUGUUAGGUCGCUUUUGUGAGCUAUUACUGACAUGCUGUUAAAAUUGAUGUCUAACCACGUGAUCAAAAAGAAAAGCUGCAAUUUCAACCGUUGCAUGUAACUAGGAUUGAAUUGUUUCCUUGGCUCUCUUUGAGCAAGGGCUCCUGGAACGUAGCUUAUCUAAAAAUUCUUUUGCAGAUUGGACAGCAUUUCAAGGAUGGUUUCUUGCAUAAGAAUGAGUUUAAGAUAGUUUAUGUUGCGCCGAUGAAGGCAUUGGCUGCGGAGGUUACAUCAACAUUUAGCCAUCGUUUAUCUCCAUUGAAUAUGACUGUGAGAGAACUUACUGGAGACAUGCAACUCUCUAAGAGUGAACUUGAGGAAACCCAGAUGAUAGUUACAACACCUGAGAAAUGGGAUGUCAUUACUCGCAAAAGCAGUGACAUGUCACUGUCAAUGCUUGUGAAGCUUUUGAUUAUUGAUGAAGUGCAUCUUCUGAAUGAUGACAGAGGCCCAGUAAUUGAGGCACUAGUAGCUAGGACACUUCGUCAGGUGGAGUCAACACAGACAAUGAUACGAAUUGUAGGCCUCUCAGCCACUUUACCCAAUUAUUUGGAGGUUGCACAAUUUCUCAGGGUGAAUCCAGAGACAGGCCUCUUCUUCUUUGAUUCUAGCUACCGUCCGGUGCCUCUGGCACAACAGUAUAUUGGAAUUAGUGAACAGAACUUUUCUGUGAGAAAUGAGUUGUUAAAUGAGAUAUGCUAUAAAAAGGUAGUGGAUUCCCUUAGGCAAGGUCAUCAGGCAAUGGUAUUUGUUCAUUCUCGAAAGGAUACUGCUAAAACAGCUGAGAAAUUGGUUGAACUUGCUCGCAAGCAUGAGGAUCUGGAGCUUUUUAGGACUGAUAACCAUCCACAGUUUGCUUUAACCAAGAGGGAAGUCGUAAAGUCUAGAAAUAAAGAUCUUGUCGAACUGUUUGAAAUGGGCAUUGGUGUUCAUCAUGCUGGGAUGUUGCGGGCCGAUAGAGGGCUUACUGAACGACUUUUCUCUGAUGGACUCUUGAAGGUGCUUGUUUGUACAGCAACUCUUGCUUGGGGUGUGAAUCUGCCGGCUCACACUGUUGUGAUUAAGGGAACCCAGUUAUAUGAUCCGAAGGCUGGUGGGUGGCGGGACCUUGGCAUGCUGGAUGUCAUGCAGAUCUUUGGAAGGGCUGGGAGACCUCAGUUUGACAAAAGUGGCGAAGGCAUCAUAAUCACUUCACAUGACAAACUGGCAUAUUAUCUACGACUCCUAACAAGUCAACUCCCCAUAGAAAGUCAGUUCAUUAGCUCCUUGAAAGAUAAUUUAAAUGCAGAGGUGGCCUUGGGUACUGUGACCAAUGUGAAGGAAGCUUGUGCUUGGCUUGGUUAUACCUAUCUCUUUAUCAGGAUGAGGUUAAAUCCUUUGGCGUAUGGAAUUGGUUGGGAUGAGAUAAUUGCUGAUCCAACUUUGGGUUCAAAGCAAAGAGCUCUUGUAACUGAUGCUGCACGUGCUCUAGACAAAGCCAAAAUGAUGCGGUUUGAUGAGAAAAGUGGAAACUUUUACUGUACAGAGUUGGGUCGGAUUGCAAGUCACUUUUAUAUUCAAUAUUCUACUGUUGAAACUUACAAUGAAAUGUUGAGACGGCAUAUGAAUGACAGUGAGGUAAUUGAAAUGGUUGCUCAUUCUUCUGAAUUUGAAAAUAUUGUUGUUCGAGAAGAGGAGCAGAAUGAGCUUGAGAUGCUCGCACGCACGUCAUGCCCUUUAGAAAUCAAGGGUGGUCCGUCAAACAAACAUGGGAAAAUUUCAAUUCUUAUUCAGCUGUAUAUAUCUCGCGGAUCCAUUGAUACCUUCUCGUUGGUCUCUGAUGCUGCAUAUAUAAGUGCUAGUUUGGCACGUAUCAUGCGUGCUCUAUUUGAAAUUUGCUUGCGCAAAGGCUGGUGCGAGAUGUCUUUGUUCAUGUUGGAGUACUGCAAGGCUGUAGAUCGUCAAAUUUGGCCCCAUCAGCAUCCCCUUAGACAAUUUAACAAAGACCUUUCCGCUGAGAUAAUGAGAAAGCUUGAAGAACGGGGGGUUGACUUAGACCGCCUGCAGGAGAUGGAGGAGAAAGACAUUGGAGCUCUGAUUCGUUAUGCACCCGGGGGAAGGUUGGUUAAGCAAUAUUUAGGAUAUUUCCCUUCUAUCCAUUUGUCAGCUACUGUAAGUCCAAUCACCAGGACUGUUUUGAAGAUAGAUUUACUUAUAACUCCAGACUUCAUAUGGAAGGAUCGUUUCCACGGUGCUGCACAGCGUUGGUGGAUUUUAGUUGAGGAUUCUGAGAAUGAUUACAUUUAUCACUCGGAGCUUUUUACACUGACCAAGAGGAUGGCUAGAGGGGAAGCUCAGAAGCUUUCUUUCACUGUACCAAUAUUUGAACCACAUCCUCCACAGUACUAUAUUCGGGCUGUUUCUGAUUCUUGGUUGCAUGCAGAGGCUUUUUACACCAUUUCUUUCCAGAACCUGGCACUACCAGAGGCUUGCACUUCGCACACAGAACUUCUAGAUCUAAAGCCUCUUCCUGUGACUUCAUUCGGCAAUGGUGUUUAUGAAUCCUUGUACAACUUCUCCCAUUUCAAUCCUAUACAAACUCAGAUUUUUCAUGUCCUGUAUCACACAGACAAUAAUGUCCUGUUAGGAGCUCCAACUGGAAGUGGUAAAACUAUAUCAGCUGAGCUGGCUAUGUUACGUCUUUUCAAUACUCAGCCAGACAUGAAGGUUAUUUACAUAGCACCAUUAAAAGCUAUUGUUCGGGAAAGAAUGAGUGAUUGGAGAAAAAGACUUGUCUCUCUGCUGGGAAAAGAGAUGGUUGAAAUGACUGGAGAUUAUACUCCAGAUUUGAUGGCUCUCUUGUCAGCAGAUAUCAUUAUAUCUACUCCAGAGAAGUGGGAUGGUAUUAGCCGUAACUGGCACAGCAGAAGCUAUGUUACCAAGGUCGGCCUCAUGAUUUUGGAUGAGAUUCACUUACUAGGAGCUGAUCGAGGACCCAUUCUUGAGGUUAUUGUUUCAAGGAUGAGAUAUAUAUCAUCACAAACAGAACGUCCAGUACGAUUUGUAGGUCUUUCUACCGCAUUAGCAAAUGCAAGUGAUUUGGCUGACUGGUUGGGUGUUGGAGAUAUAGGACUCUUCAAUUUCAAGCCAAGUGUAAGGCCUGUGCCGCUUGAAGUUCAUAUCCAGGGAUAUCCAGGAAAAUAUUACUGCCCGAGGAUGAAUAGCAUGAAUAAGCCAGCAUAUGCUGCAAUAUCCACCCAUUCACCUACAAAACCAGUUCUCAUAUUUGUUUCAUCACGUCGUCAAACAAGGCUUACUGCAUUAGACCUAAUUCAAUUUGCAGCUUCAGAUGAACAUUCACAUCAGUUUCUUAGCAUGCCAGAAGCAGACUUGCAGAUGGUUCUUUCCCAGGUCACUGAUCAGAACUUAAGGCACACCUUGCAAUUCGGCGUUGGCUUGCAUCAUGCUGGCCUGAAUGAUAAAGAUCGAUCUCUAGUUGAAGAACUCUUUGCCAACAACAAGAUUCAGGUGUUGGUUUGCACAAGUACAUUGGCAUGGGGUGUAAACCUUCCAGCUCAUCUUGUUAUUAUAAAGGGAACUGAAUAUUAUGACGGAAAAACAAAAAGAUAUGUUGAUUUCCCAAUUACCGAUAUCUUGCAAAUGAUGGGUCGUGCAGGUCGCCCACAAUAUGAUCAACAUGGGAAAGCAGUUAUUCUUGUUCAUGAACCCAAGAAAAGCUUCUACAAGAAGUUUCUAUAUGAACCAUUCCCAGUCGAGAGUAGUCUUAGAGAUCAAUUAAAUGAUCAUAUCAAUGCAGAAAUUGUUUCUGGCACAAUCUCCCAUAAAGAAGAUGCAGUCCAUUAUCUUACCUGGACCUACUUAUACCGUAGACUGAUGGUUAAUCCAGCAUACUACGGAUUAGACAACACAGAAGAGGAAAUUCUGUCUUCAUACUUGUCUAGAUUGGUGCAACACACAUUUGAGGAUCUAGAAGACAGUGGAUGCAUCAAAAUAAAUGAAGAGAGUGUUGAGCCUACGAUGCUGGGUACAAUAGCAUCACAGUAUUAUCUUAGCUACAUGACUGUGUCAAUGUUUGGAUCAAACAUUGGCCCAGAUACACCCCUUGAAGCAUUUUUACACAUUCUAUCUGGUGCAUGCGAGUUUGAUGAACUUCCUGUCCGGCAUAAUGAGGAAAACUACAAUAAAGCAUUAUCUGAGAAAGUUAGAUAUAUGGUGGAUGAGAAUCGCCUUGAUGAUCCUCAUGUUAAAGCAAAUCUCUUAUUUCAGGCAUAUUUCUCUCAGUUAGAGUUACCAAUCAGUGACUAUAUAACGGAUCUGAAGUCAGUGUUAGAUCAAAGUAUUCGCAUCAUCCAAGCAAUGAUAGAUAUAUGUGCUAAUAGUGGAUGGCUUUCGAGCUCAAUUACAUGCAUGCAUCUUUUGCAAAUGAUAAUGCAGGGUAUGUGGUUUGAUCAGGGCUGCCUGUGGAUGUUGCCAUGCAUGAAUACUGAUCUCAUAAGCCUGCUAAGCAAAAGAGGAAUUUACACUGUGCAGCAACUAUUGGAUCUUCCUAGAGGAACUUUGCAGUCUGUGAUUGGAAACUUCCCUGCUUCAAGAGUCUAUCAGUCAGAAAAGCAAAUCUCUGAAGUACCAUCCGUAGUUUCUGAUUCUACUGCUGUUAAAGGUUGUGCAGCCAAAUCCACAACAUUACUGGCUUUUGCCCCUCGAUUUCCAAAGAUAAAAAACGAAGCAUGGUGGUUGAUUCUUGGCAAUACCUACACCUCUGAACUAUAUGCUUUAAAAAGAGUUUCUUUCACAGACCGCUUAGUUACCCACAUGGAGCUCCCAUCUGGGACAACUACUUUCCAGGGAAUAAAGCUGAUUUUAGUUUCUGAUUGCUAUAUCGGUUUCGAGCAAGAACACUCCAUCGAGGAACUUACUGGAUGUUAGCAGCUGGAACCAAUGUUGUGAACACAACUGGAUGUUUCGGAUUGUAGCGCAGUCAAGAAUCUUUAGUUUUGUAAUUCAGCUUGCUCUCUCUCGGAGAGAAUUGGUUUUUGAAUUGUCUUCACAGCCAGAAUUGACUGAUCUUGACAACAAAACAAAGCCUCUCAUAAUUUGUGGAUUAGAACUAAUAAUGUAAGCGCUUUAGUUAUUACAAUGGGUGUCGAUGAGUUUCAUUAUCUCUAUGGUUCUUGAUUGUGUAGUCUACCAAAACUUGGCAGAUUGGAUCUGAGAAUUACUUGAUAAUAGUUUUGGAAUGUUAUAUUUUUGCUGCAACCUAUAAUGAUCUGCCCGCAUUUGCAGCAUGGCGUAGUCAGAUUCCAUAUGCCACUCCAGCUGUUUUUAGUUUUUUAUGGUCCUUGGAUGUGUUUGUGACAGUGCUGGAAUUCAAUGAUCUUUUGAUUUUACUUGGAUUAUUAUA